AUACAAACUCGGGUGUUGGGUUUGCCAACUGGCGAGCCGAUCCCACCUGAACUUGCCCUAAAUAUAAAUCUUCAAUCUUUCGCAAUUAAUUUUGUUGAAGAAUUUCGGUGCUGAGUCUUGCUGAUUAACAGAGAAAGAUGCCGAGGAAGAAGAGCUUCACUCUUCCAAAUUCAAAGUGUGUAUUGUGAUUGUUUUGGCACGGACAUAAAAGAUGGCUGAGGUUGCAGUGGAGUACCUUCUCUCCAAAUUAGAGGUUUGGAUUGUCAAUGAGACUAAUAAGAAGAGACUGGAUGAAGCGACUCAAAUCAAGAAUGAGUUUGAGAGAAUCAAACCAUUCCUCAGAUAUGCAGAUUGGAAGAGGCUGAUCUCAGGAGACAGUGUUGUUGAAACAUGGGUUUUGGAUGUCGUGGAUUUGGCUCGUGAAGUGGAAAAUCUGAUCGACCAGGAUUGGUAUGAUAGAAGACAUACAACAGGUUUGACCCUGUCUUAUCUUUGGGAACUUGUGGGCAAUUCUUUUAACUAUAGCAAUGUGAAUGAUAAUAACAAUAGUUCUGUUUUUAGUCUUACAUUGUUACGUAAGCGGGUUUGUGAGAAGCUGAAGGGAGUGCAAGUUAAGAAACAUCUAUCCUUGUUCAGCAGCUCAGUAGAAGCAAUAGAUGAGAGACAGAUACGAAAUUCAAAGACCUUCACUGCAAAUCUUUCAUUAACCCAUAUGGUGGGAAGAGAUACAGAGGUUACCAUGCUUAAGGAAUUGUUGCUUAGGGAGGACGUAGAUGCGCUGCACCUCAUUGCCGUAACUGGGGUUGGUGGGAUUGGUAAAACUACUCUUGCUAAAACAGUUUAUGAGUGUGCAAAGAGAUAUUUUGAUUGUGCUGCAUGGGUAUUUGUUUCUGAUCGCCCUGCCAGAUUCAUUUUAAGAGACGUGUUUAUGGGAUUUUCUGAAAAAUGGCCUGAAAUGAUGCAUGGAAACAAUUUCAAUGAAAUGGAUGAGAAAGAGUUGGCCCGGAGGAUCUUUGAUUUCUUGGAUGGUAAGAAGUUCCUGUUGGUUCUAGAUGACUUAGAUGCAUUAAGUACAUUGGAAGAUGUGAAGUGUGCAUUGCCUCAAAGAUGCAGAGGAAAGGUUCUCAUGACUACUCAAAGUUCAGGAUUCACUUCCGUUAUUUGCAAGCAUGUUGUACAUCUUGAGCCACUACUACCGAAAGAUGCCUUGGAGCUGUUACAAAGUCGAGCUUGUUUCCAGCAUCACGACCUUGGUGAGGCACUUUGGCCUUCUUCAGUGGAACCAGUGGUACAGAAAAUUUUGCAGAUUUGUGAAGGUCUUCCAAUAGCUGUUGCAACAGUAGGUGCCAUGCUCUCAAAAUCCCUCCUCAAGGAACCUAGGGUUUUGGAUUCCAUUUUCUGUAUGUUGAAAGAGGCUAAAGAGGGUAGGCCUCAGUCCAGCCUAAUCCAAAUUAUUUUCAUGGUAAGUUACUUCAGCUUGCCGCCUACACUGAAGUGCUGCUUCCUUUAUUGUGGGUUGUUUCCCUCUCAUUAUGAAAUCCCUUGUAAGAGGCUGAUUCGGAUAUGGGUCGCAGAGGGCUUUAUAGCAACGGAACUACUUGGGAUGACACAGGAGGAAAUUGCCAAAAACUUAUUGGACGAGCUAAUCCAAAGGAACUUGUUUGAAGUAGGAAGGUUAGGUGCAAAUGGAGAGGUGAUAUCAUGCAAGCUUCUCUGUCUAAUAAGAAAUUUUAUCAUUGAAGUGUUGAACAAGGACCAUUUCUGUAUCCUAUCUGACAGUGGUGGCCGUAAUAUUUGUCCAUUAGAGGCAACUCGUAUGCUUUCAAUACACGGUCAGAUAAAAAAUGUCUUUCCUAGCUUAAACAGCAAACCAAUCCGUUCUAUGCUUCUAUUCAGUGAGAAUGAACAGUGGACUCCCUCCGUGUUAUUGAACUCGUUGUGUAAUAUCAGAUUUCUUCAUGUGCUUGAGUUAAAACAAAUUCCCAUUGGUGCUUUGCCAGAUGAAAUUGGUAAUCUUGUUUUAUUGCACUAUUUGGGCUUGAGGGGUACAGGCAUUUGUAAUCUGCCCUCAACCCUCCAGAAUUUACGCGAUCUGCAGACUCUAGACGUCAGGGACACGUACGUAAGGGCCUUGCCAAGUGGAUUUGAUGGUCUCAAGAUGCUGAGGCACGUCCUUCUUGCAGAUUCAUUUAGUAAGCGAGUGGUAAAGCUAGAAGGUAAUAUCAUGUUCUUGAAAGAUCUUCAAACUCUUGCGGGCAUCAAACUAACAGAACACAUUGCAACAGAGCUAAAGUACCUUCCUCAACUAGUAAAAUUAUCUGUGGGGGAGAUUGAAGGGAGAGGAAACUGUUCACAGUUCUCUGAAUCUGUCAGCCUAAUGAAAAACCUCAAUUCGUUGACCAUAAAUUGCGCUUGGAGGAAGAAAAUUCAUUUGCAAAUAUCAAACCCUCUUGAAAAUUUGGAAAAGUUACGAGUUGGGGGUUGGGUUGAAGACCUGUUGAGUUGGGUCUGCACGCUAAAAUCCCUCAAGUACUUGUAUUUACGGGAUAAUAUGCUGGUUAGUGACCCGAUUUCAGCUCUCCAGCACCUACCUAAUCUCACUCUCCUCUCAUUGCAAAAUGUCUACAGAGGAAAGCUGAUGUGUUGUGAUGACGUUUCUGGUUUUCCCAAUCUCAAGAAGUUGUCGAUUCUCAAUUUUGAGGAACUUGAAGAGUGGACAAAGAUAGAGGACGGAUCUAUGGCGAGGCUUGAGAUUUUAAUCAUUACUAAGUGUCCGAAACUAAGAUUGCCACCCAAAGGACUUCAAAAUCUUACUAAUCUCCAAAUGCUGCAGAUGAAAGACAUGCCAACGGAAUUUGUUACAGAGGUGAGAGAGAUCCCUCGGCGCGCAGGUUUAGACUUUGUGGUUGUUUGCUGAUCUCAAUUUUCUGUCGACAUAAACAAGCAUAUUGAUCUAAUUGCUACAGUUACGUCGAUUGUCUACACUUUAUGCACAUGUCACUUAUAUCAUUUGCUACUAGGUUAUAAAAAUGAGGAUCAGAAUUUUUGUUGACACAUCUAUUCCCAAUUAUAAGAAGAGGUGGCUAGAGAUCUGCGUGUUUCUCCCUCCACUCCUAUGAAAGAGGAAAUAAAAAGAAAUGCAAAAAGAUUUGCUUUUGUUUGUA